AUGCUUUGCCCGCGGGUCGGCGCCCCACGCCGCCAAUUUAUUAUAGUCUUGAACGCACUUAUAUUGUUCGUCUUUCUAUAUCACCUCCCUCACACCAUUGGGCCUUUUUCACCACAGAUCUAUAGCAUUAUUCCAAAGUCACCACUACAACAAUUCUACGAAGAGCCCGAAAAAUCAGGGCUUAUAACAAAAGAGAUUCAGUCCCAUCUUCUCUCUCAGGCGAGAAAACUUUCAUCGGUAGAAUUCCCAAGGCAUAUUUAUCAAACUUGGAAAACUGAAAAGUUGCCGGAAGCCAAUUAUGACCGCCAAAAAUCUUGGUUCAACAAUAACCCGUCCCACGAAUAUACACUCUUUACGGACAUCACAGCCUUACAAUAUGUAACCAAGAAUUUUAACACUACGGAUCCUUACAUAGUUCACUUAUACAAGAACUUUCCGCAACGAAUCUUAGCGGCAGAUCUACUACGAUACCUUAUCGCAUAUACAUCCGGAGGAUUGUACGUCGACCUCGACACGAUAUGUACUGCGCCGGUCGACCAGUGGAUGCCAAGAUCCAUAGGCCAUCAGCAAAAUAUCAAAAUGGAAGAUAUAAACUUGGUCGUCGGAUUAGAGCUUGACGCUUUAAACACAACAAAGUACCCAGACAAGUGGAUUGCCAAGAAUAAAUUCUCAAAACGAAUACAGUUUUUACAAUGGAGUAUAUAUGCCAAGCCCGGCCACGAAGUCUUGCGACGGAUGAUUUCUUCGAUUCAAGAAACGGCACACAAAGAUAUAUCUGAUAUAGUAUGGAGACGAAAAGAUGUUUCAUCUUUGCGUUAUAACCAAAUAAAGAUUUUGGAUACAACGGGACCAUUCAGAUGGACAAAAGUUAUUAUGGGAUAUAUCAAUCAGAUUGAGGGGAGAGAAGUUGGGCUUCUUGAAUACAGCGGAAUAAAGGAAGCGAAGAAGAUCGGGGACGUUUUAUUCUUACCAGUGAAUAGGUGGAGUCCAGGUGUAAACCACAGCGACGCGGGUGGUGUCGAAACCAGCUUUCUGGUCCACUACUAUGGAGCAACUUGGAAGAAGAAUCUGUCGUAA